AUGCGCGCGUCUGCCGCUGCCGCUGCCUUCUUCUUUGCUUCGUCUGUGAGUGCGUUGACGCCAACGGACGUUGAGAACGCUCUCAAGAACGUGUCUAUCAUCCCCGACGAUAUCGCGGACUUCACUCCGAAGGCCCUCCUCGACGUCACCUACACAGACUCGACCUCGAACCAGUCCAUUGUGAUCAGUCCGGGGUUGCCAAUCUCUGUGAACCAGACGACCAUGCGCCCCCAGUACGCGUUGACGUCCUCGGACGCCAGCCUCACCGGCCAGAGAUUCGUGCUCAUCAUGUUCGACCCCGACGCCCCGACGCCCCAAAACCGCUCACUGGCCCAGGUCCGGCACCUCGUCGCGCAAGUCCAACUCAGCAGCGACACCGCUGCGCUCGCGUCCGGCGCCGGGUCGCCGCUCACGAACAGCACCCCCGCGGUCUCGGACUACAUCUCGCCUGGCCCCCCGCCCGGGGGCGCCCACCGGUGA